UUGUUUUUCUUUGGAGACGGAGAAGGGAGGUUAGACAGGCCUGAAGAACAUCUCAUUAAAGACUUGGACAGCAACCGCUGAGUCAUUCAGAAGAGCUCUAGACUCCAGUUAUAACUCUGAACCUUUAUCACAUCUCCCUGACUGAGCUCCGACACCUUCCUCAGACGCACAAAAAUAAGAUUUGUUUUGUUGGUGUGUGAUCGGAGGUGAUGGAUUUCUUAUUUUCACUCGUACUCUCAAGUGCCUGGGUUUUUCUUCUUGUGGAUUUCAAAGGUGUAUGUGGGCAGCAGGCAUUCAAGACAGAGCCACGUAAUGUGACGGUCAAGGCGGGGGCCACAACUCUGCUGAAGUGUGAAGUGCUGAGGGCCUCAGGGGCCGUGCAGUGGGUUAAAGAUGGGCUGCUCCUGGGACCUCAGAGAUCGCUGCCUGGCUACCCACGCUACAGCAUGACAGGAGACCAGCAGAAAGGCCAGUACCAUCUUCAGAUUCUCAACGUGAGUUUGGAAGACGACGGCCCCUAUGAGUGCCAAGUGGGCCAGUCCGUGAGCAGCCGUGCCAUUGUGUCCCGUACAGCCUGGCUCAAUGUGCAGAUCCCACCCUCACAGCCGUACAUCCAGCUGGAGUCUGAUGAGCCGUGGGUGGAGGGAGACGAAUACACAGUGACCUGCAUUGCUCCUGAUGCAAAACCUCCUGCAGAAAUCACCAUGUUCAGAGAUGGAGAGGAGCUGACGGAAACCGAUUCUUUUACAAUGUCAGGCUCACAGGAUAAGCUUUUAAACACUCAUGCCGAAGUCAUAAUCAGGGCACGAAGCUCGGACGACGCACGGGGGCUGACGUGUCGAGCGAAGAACCCAGCAAGCCCUCGAGCUCUUGAGACUGGCAUGACCAUGAGGGUAUACUUUCCCCCGCAGGCUCCGGUGAUCAUAGGAUUAGGAAAUGAAGAGGUCAAAGCUGGUUCCUUUCUGAGGGUGGUGUGCAUGUCGUAUGGAGGCAACCCUUUAGCCACUCUGCAUUGGAUUAAGAAUGGAGAAGUCCUGUCCACUAGCUGGGAGGUGGACGUUGUGUCACGUAUGUCCAGUAGCGUGUUGAAAAUGGAGGUGAAGCCAGAGGACAAUCAUGCUGUGCUGCAGUGCGAGAGCGUCAACCAAGUGUCUCGUUCACCGAUGUCCCUCACUCGCACUCUCACCGUCUUGUUUGAGCCAGCUGAGGUAACGUUACUGGGCUCCUUCGAAGCUGUGGAGGGACAGGAGAUAAAUCUGAGCUGUUACACUUCCUCCAGUAAUCCGCCGGUCCAUAUCCGCUGGUGGCUCGGGUUCAAGGAGCUCAACAGAACGAAUGUUACCAUCUCUGAGGGGGAUAAUGGUGGGAUGAUGACGAUGUCUAACUUGACGCAUAAAGUGUCACGUGAGGACAACGGUCUUCCUCUGACUUGUGAGGCAUUCAAUAAAGGCACCCGCUUCUCUAGUGUUCGAUCUGAAAAUCUCAUCGUUUACUAUCCUCCUCAGAAGGUGUGGUUAGAUGCUCCUCCACCAAACGUCUUCUUACACGCUGGUAAAACUCUUCGUUUAGUCUGUUUCUCCAGUGGUGGAAAUCCCACAGGUCAGCUGGUGUGGUUGAAGAACAAUAAAGUCGUGCCGACCGCAUCAAAGCAGGUGUCUUCAGAGCGUGGUGUGUCACGAGAUCUCCUUCUCACCCUCCAGCCCAGCGACAAUCUGGCCACCUACCGCUGUGAUUCCUCCAACAAAGCCAAGAAAGUUAUAUCUGCCCAAACCAAACUCAGGGUUCUGUUUCCAGCAGUGAGCGUGAAGAUCGUGGCCAAGCAGAAGGAGCUGCGCAAGGGUCAGACACUUGAUCUGGACUGCCUGGCUGGCAGCAGCAAUCCCUCUGCAAAUAUCAGCUGGAGUUUGGGCCCCGUGAUGCUGAAAGGAGUUGACCAGUCUCCUAAAAAGGCUGAAUUUGGUGGGAUGUCCCGAACCAGUAAGCUGUCCCUCAUUCUUGAUUCACAUCACUGGAAGAAAAGGAUCACCUGCCAGGCCUUCAGUAAUGUGCUGUCCGAGGGUGUCAACAACUUCUACAGUCUGAAUGUGCUCUUUCCUCCAGAGUUUUCAGAUGACCAAACCGAUGAGGUCCAGGUCAUUGAGGAUGAAACCGCCACGCUUCCUGUCAAAGUCUUGGCCAAUCCGGAUGAAAUCACCUGCGACUGGAUUUUUCAGGGCGAGAAGCUUGUGAAAGAAAGAGAUCCUCGUUAUCACUUCGACGAUUGGACCCUGGAAAUCGUGAACGUUUCUCGGCGAGACGGGGGCGAUUACAUCAUAGAGUGUUCCAACGCUGAGGGGAAGAACCGCACAAAACUCAAACUGGAUGUACAGUAUUCCCCGACUGUUCAUAUGAAGUCUGAUCCUGUGUCUGUGAACUUGGGAGACACCGCUGACUUACUGUGUGUCGCUGAUGCCAACCCCAUCACCUCCAGUAUGUUUUCGUGGAAGUGGAUGGGUGAAGAGGAAGUAGAUGAUCUAGGAGAGCAGAGUGAAGAUGAAGGCACUGGUUUGUUAACUAUAUAUGAAGUGACCCGUGACCGGGCAGGUUUUUACCAGUGUACAGCAGACAACGGCAUAGCACCUCCAGGCAGUGUUGAAGGACAGCUCAUCGUACGCUUUGCUCCAGAGCUUCAGAAGGGGCCGCAGUGGAAGAAGGUGGCCAGCCGUGGGGACGGCAGCAACGAUGCAAAUGUGGUGUGUCAGGCACAAGGCGUUCCUCGUGUGCACUUCAACUGGGCAAAAAAUGGAUUCCCUUUGGACUUGGGCAACCCCAGGUACGAGGAGAAGACUGUGGUGACAGGUACCGUCCACACCAGCGUUCUGACCGUCAUAAACGUGAGUGCAGCGCUGGACUACGCCAUUUUCACCUGCACUGCCCACAAUAGCAUGGGAGAAGACUCUCUAGACAUCCAGCUCCUCAGCACCAACCACCCCGAUCCCCCAUCAGAUCUGAAGCUGCUCCGUGUCAACCAUAACUCUGUGACUCUGGAAUGGAUGCCUGGGUUUGACGGUGGUUUGACACAGAACUUCCGUGUCAGGUACCAGUGGACGGGAUCGGUGAGUUUCAUGUAUGUGGACGUGUUUCCUCCGACAGCUACUGUGUAUACAGUCACGGGCCUCAACCCUUCAACUGCGUACAACUUUUCGGUCAACGCUCUCAAUACAAUGGGAGAGAGCAGCUAUGCAGACAACAACAAAAUACUGACGGUCACCACUACCGAUGCGGAGGAAGCUGACGACGGGGUCUCCACAGCAGACAAGGACCCAGCACUUGCAGGUCAUGGUCUUCCUGUCUAUGCCGUGGUGAUCCUGGUUGUGGGUGGCCUACUUUUAUUCCUAUAUCCAUUGAGCUGCUUUCUAUUGGCCAGGUGGAAAAAAAGAGGGUGGAGCCUGAAAGAAGACACCAGAAGCAUUUCACAGGAGACGAAAAGUGAGGAGCAGAGGUCCACGUCGAGCAGCUCAACACGCUAUGCGAGCAGAGAGCUUAUCAACGCCUCGGCACAGCGAACGCUCCUCAUUGACAGCAGCUCCGAGCCUGACAGCAACAUCUAUGAGAGCUACGGACGGCAGGAGAGUCCUCAUUAUUACUACAGUCCUGCACUGUAUACUCACCUUGAAGGCCCUGAGGAUCAUGAUGGCAGACACGGCACAAGCCCUCUCGCUCAUGACUACGAAGAGGUGACAGGCUGGGGGACGUACCAGGAUCUGCAGGGCUACUCACUGCUGCCCCCUUCUGCCCACUCUGAUCCACGAGCACUCUCCACAUAUCAUGAGGGAAGAGUAUACGGUAAAGCUGAUGUGGACGUAGCAGCCGGAGUUUAUGAUUCUAUGGUGUACAGACGCAGGAGAGACACGGACUUGCCGUUUGAGCUCCGAGGGGAGCUUGUUUAAUAAGAGUGGGGCUGGUGAAUGCGCCAGUCUAGACCAGCUCUAUCCUGAGACUGGCUUGAGUUCAUGAGUUGAUAAAACGUUUCCUUUUACUUUUUCCUAUAAUUUGUCUAAAAUAUGUUCUCUUGUUACAUUUUAGGCCCUAAAUGUUUAAUUUGUUCAAUAAAUAUUUAAUUUGUUUUAAAUUUGGUC